CGCACGUUGGUCCAACCUUGCUCGUGUCCAUUGUGCAGCAUGCACGUGAGCUUUGGCGGCUGCGGCUUUCUCCUCGCCUUUCACAUCGGCGUCGCCAAGCAGCUUGAGGCACGCGGUGUCUUGACCGCAUCGAGUCGAUUCGCCGGUGCGUCGGGCGGCGCGCUCUUGGCCGCCGCGCUCGCGUACGGCCUCUCGCCCGACACAGUCUUUGACAAGCUCUUGGACGCCGCAGACCAAGCGCGAUGUCACCGGUGCCUCGCCGACGUUGUCCGCGAGCAAGUCGACUCUGUCCUCCCAACGACGCCGCUCUCGAAGGAGCGGCUCAUCGUGACGACCGCGCAGAUCUGGCCUCGCGUGCAGGAAUGCCACUUGACACGCUUCACAUCCCGCGACGAUUUGCGAGACGCACUCCUUGCGUCGUGCCAUAUUCCAUUCUACCUCAACGGCGCCUUUGCGGUCAGCUACCGCGGUGGCUACUACGUCGACGGCGGCGCCUUCUCGCUCGUGCCAACUGUGCCCAACGCGAUCGGCGUGAGCCCGUUCCCGACGGACGCGGCGGGCACGAUUUCGCCAUCGCUGCUCCCAAGCUUUCCGUACUCAAAGUGGCAGCUGCUGCAUUGGGCGCUCUCACCGCCAAGUCACGAGGUGCUACGCGAGCUCGUCGAGUGGGGCGACUUGGCCGCGCAGUUGUGGCACGCAACGAACAUAAGUGCAAACGAGAUUUCACAACGUGUAUAUUGAGCAGAACAACCACCAAUAGACCGUCGACUCGAUCAAGUGCAAAUAUGUUGAAUAUUCGAGUAUUUCC